AUGUAUUCUUUCAGCAAAGUUAUUUAAUUAAUAUUUAAAGUCUCCAACUGCUGCAGAGCUGAAAAAUCCUUUGGACCCAACUAGUGGCGUUAUCUCCAACAUCAAAGUAAUAUGCGCCAAUUUACCCAUAUCUAAAAAUAAACGGUCUCCCACAGCCGAAUCAGCUGCCCAAGACUGGCUGCCUUACUUCACCCUUGCCUGACUCUUUUUUAUAUUGCGUGUUUCUCUAAGGGUCAUCUUCCUCUGAAGUGCAGAGUGGAAAAUACCAAAACCUCUUGAUUGCACUUGAAGCAGUCUUCCAGCCAUAUGCAAUAUGAAGUUAAAUCACUAUCCCUUGCAGAAAUUCUCAAGGAAAGCAAAACCCCACAAAUAAAAUUCCAUGUUGGAGAAAAUUUACUAACUCCCCCCCCUCCGUGAGUGAACAAAACCAUUAGAAAAAUCGCUAUUUGCCCAAAAACCCACCCUCCGUGAGUGAACAAAAAUUGUUUUAAUACAAAAAUUUUUUAUGGAAACAAAUUUUGAUAUAUAAAUGAUAAUUAAUAUAAUGAAAUCUAGAGCUAAUUCUGUUUAAUUUUAAACAAAUUGCAUUUUAAAACAUAAAUUUUAUAAAUUAAAUUAAUAUUUGCUUUCAAAUUUUUGCAAAUUAGGAUUUUUUUAAAUUUCGAAAAACAAAAUUUUUUAGAAAAUUUAUAUAUAAAUUUUUUUAAAAAAAAAAAAAUUAACCCCCCUCCGUGAGUGAACAAAAUUUUUUGUUCACUCACGGAGGGGGGGGGGAGUAAAGUUAACUUAUUUCUUCCUGAAUGCCAUUUUAUUUAUUUCAAGCAAAGUUACAAAUUGUUUCCUUUACAUGAUGCCUAUUUCAUAACGACUAUUUUUUUUGGCCUAUUUUUUUUGGGUCAAUUUAUUUUUAGCCAAUUUUAGGUCUUUUUUUUGCCCUUUUUUUUGGACCUAUUUUUUAUUUUCUGUCAAAAAUAAUAGACUAAAAUUGAUUGAAAAUCAUCUCAAAAUAGUCAAUAUGGAAUUAUUUAAGUAAAGAAUAGCCAAAAAAGAAAAUUUAAAAAAUAGGCUUAAAAAGGCCCAAAAAAUAGGAAAAAAAUAGACCAAAAAAAAUAGUCGUUAUAAAAUAGUCUUCGCAUGAAGACACGUUACAAAUUAUUUAUACCUUGGAGACUAUAACGCUGCUACAAAUCUCGUGCUUCUUCAACAUCACAAAAUAACUCACAUUCUUACCGUAGGAGAUGGAAUGACUCCUUGUAAUCCUGAGCAAUUUCAAUGAAAAUCAAUAAACAUUGCAGACCUCAGCUCUUGUGACAUUUCCCAGCACUUUGACGAAUGCAACGAUUUUAUUGACAAAGCAAACCGUGAAAAAGGUAGAGUCUUAGUCCAUUGUAGCAAUGGAGUUUCUAGGGCUCCAACAAUAACAAUUGCAUAUCUAAUGUACAAAAAACCCUGUGGAUUUACCCAAGCUUUUGAGUUCGUCAAAGCAAAACACCCUGAUACAGCACCGAAUUCAGGAUUUUCAGCGCAAUUAAGGCAGUAUCAGACGUCUAUGAAUAAAUCAUCGAAGCAUGAUUUAACAACUGGAGAUGCGUGCAAUUGUAAGCUUUUUUAG